ACUAUGCUUUAAAUCAUUAAAAUCAUUGAAGCAGAUAAACAUAAUUUCAGAACUUUUGAUAAAUUAAAAAACCAAAUUUUUGAUUUACUAAUAAAGUUAACGAAGAGAAGUUCAAGCUAAAACCUGAAUCAUCAAACCAAAGAAAUGUUUUACCCGCCUAUCUUGUUAAUGCAAUUUAUUUUUGUAUAUAUCGCUGUUAUAACACCAGAAAGUUUUGACAGCAAUGAUACCACUACAGAGUUUUCUUCAGGUAUUGAGAAUGACUCGUCUGAUGAUAAAAUGGAAUCUAAUGGGCCUUUGCAUAUAACAAAAAGUUUAUUUCCUAAAACAGGUGUUGAAUCAGGAGAUGAAUAUGACAAAUGGCAAAAAAGAACUGAGUAUUUUGUUACUGCUCUAAAAACAAUUUUAAAAAUUAGCGAAAAUUUACCUGUAGUAGGAACCUUUUUAAACAUAUUCAAUAACUUGGUUGAUGCAAUACCAGGAAAGAGUGUUUGGGGUCAAAUUAGUUCAGAAGUGAAAUCAGCAAUAGAAAAAAAAAUCACACAAAACAACCAUUAUAAUUUGGUUUCGCAUAUAGCUUUUCUGAAAACUAUUACUAGAAGAAAACAUCAAAUAACAGUUGAUAAUUUUAAUCAGAUGAUUAAUAUAAAAGGCCAUUUUUUUCCUCAAACAUAUUGGAACUUAUUUAAAUUUGUUCCAGAAAAAUUUGGCUCAGCUAUAGUAGGUUAUAUUACUUAUUUAAACACAGUUUUUUUGGAGCUGAUAAAAAAUAGCGAAAAACAUCAAGUAGUAAAAACACAAGAUGAUUAUAAUAAACAAUUGCAUACAUUGAGAUCAGAGGUAAUCAUGGCUGCAAAAGCAUUGCAUCGAAAACGCUACGAAAAUUUAGAAGGAAUUGAUCAAUCAAGUAGAUGGAAGGCUCGUUCCAAUAAGGCAACAUUAACCUACAGAGAUCCUUUUGAAAAUAAAGUUUACGAAGAACUUUUAUCCAAUGUCAAAAAUAAUAUAUUUAACGUCAUAAUGAAGAGCACGAAUCGCAUUCUAAUGGAUGUUAUGGUCGAGAAAGUCAAUUUAUUCUUUGAACCUGAUCUUUGUGAAAGCAACUGUCCUCCAAAAAUAACCGAACAAGAUAUAAGCUUUGAGUACGAAGAAAGUUGCUAUGGGACAACUCUUGAACGUAAUUCUCGAUCGUGUGCUUUACCAUGCGAUUACUAUAAUCGCAUGUUUAGUUGGAUUAACGAUAACGAUUGGUGCCCUCUUAGGAAUGGUGUUCAAUUAAAUAAUAUAUUUUUUGGUAAAUACGAAGAUUGCGUAAAAAAUAAUUGGGAAAGUGAAUCUAAUAAUUGUAUGCGUCUAACUCGAGUAAAUGACGUUCCAGAAAGAAAAAAGUUAGACAAACUGUAUCGAAAGCUAAAAAUGAAAAACAAAAGUUAAUGAAAUCUCUUGCAUCAUUAAACUUUCAAGAAAAUAUUUUUAUUAGAUUAGUGAUAACAAAACGAAGUUUCUGGAAUUAGAGCAUCGAACAUUUAUUUAUUAUAUUAUUUGGUUUAUGCAAUUAAAAAAAUAAAAGUCAAAUUAAUAUACAUA